UUAAGCAAACGCUGCAACGCCUGUACGAACUCGCAACUAGUUUGUGCUCGAACGUGAAUAGGCGCGCAUCGGCGAGCAAGUGUGGGCACGCGAAAACGAGUUUGACGGGCAGCAGCAGCGACGAAUAUAGUGCGACGUUUUGUAUGGACUUUUAUAUAUGGUAUUAUUGCAGCGAAGCGGCAACGUUCCAACGUGAGGGGUGUGGUUGUGUUGAUUACAUUGCGCCGAUCGGCUGCUACAGCGCCAAUGCAGUGCCAGAGCAGAGAACGUAUAUGAAUAUGAAUGAGUCUCAUUUACAUUCUCUGCUCUGGCAGUGCGUUGCAAGGGCUGAGAUUUUCCAAUUGGAAAAUACCGGAAGUUGAAUAGCGACAGCGACGGUCAAGAGUUGCAAGUGUUCUGAUGAGCAGAUCGGUCUGCGAAGAUCUUAUGCAAUAAUUAUUAUUGCUGUCACGAUUGAUUAGUUAAUAAUUUAGCUACACGCGCGUAUUGAACUAUGUAAAAGCAGAUGCGCGGUAUAUUAUAAAGUGAAAUUAAAUGGGCGCGCCGACGCUGCAAAUCGAGAUAAUACAUAUGUAUGUAUGUACAUAUAUAAACUGAAGUCAGCUAGUGAAGAAAAACAGAAAUACAAUUUUUCGAACCAACAAAUCAUAUGACCACAGUAGCGUAAAUUUGAGUUUCAAAAAAUUAUAAUAACAUAAUAACCAAAGCACAGGCUAGUUCGCCAAUCAAAGUGUCAAAUUACCCCCAAAACAAGUUUUUGCCCGAUGUAUGGUGUUGUUGUUGCUAUUGCAGGCGGUUGACAAGUUUGUGAAGCGUUUUUUAAUUAGAGCAGACGGAGUGUAUUUCGGCUUGGGUUUGUGGUUAAACUGCUUUUCAACCGUUGUGUAUGUAUGUGUGUACCGGCAUGCAGGCAGUCCACCAAAACCUUGACCCUGUCAACCGAAGCAGCAAAAACUAUCAAAACGAAAGCAACAUUAGCAAAGCCACAACAAAAAAGUGAACUUAAACAACAAAAACAACUAUUUAGCAAAUGACCGUCAGUAGUCAGCGCCAUUAGAAUGCUGACCUGUCAAAGUGUGAACAGCUACAAGAUUUAGGUUGCUAGUAACACAUGGCAUUCAUAUGUCAAGUAAACUAUAUAAAAACCAUACUAGCACAUAUUAUACAGCUAACAACUUUUGGCUUAAAUGACAGGCGUGCGUACAAUCUAUGACCAACGACCAUGUGGAAUGUCAAACAGUGGCAAAAUGUCGCUAUGGUGUCAAUGACACAGCGGUAACGUGCGCAGACGAAUAGAACAAAAAAUAAUAAACAGUUAUUUACAAAAUGAAAACGAAAAUUAAUGCAUAACGGUUGUUAACGAUCGCAGCUUCUCUGUUGAGACAAAAAAAAAAAAAAAACGAAACACCCAAACUGUAAAAAGACAUGCUACGCUUUUAGUCGUCAUUUAUCGAUAAACUGAAAAUUAUGGUUUUAAUAUUCAAAUUCAUUGUCGGUUUCAAAGUUGCGCACAUUUAAUGUCGGCUAUUAAACAUUUUGACAACAAAACGAAUCUCAUAUAAUUUAUAAACAAAAAAGUGCAAUUGUUUGAUUUCGUAGUGGCCAGCAUUUAUAAUAAUGGCUGCUUAUGCCCAAUACAAUGGCUGCGGUUAUCCGUCGGCGAAUCAGUAUCUAACGGCUGGUGGUGCUUUAUCCAAUCUGCAUCCCAUUGCGCAAUCUCCAUUAGCCGCCACGACUCCUGCUCAUCCACCUGCCUCGAUCAGUCCGCCCUCCAAUGGGCACGACAGUAAUGUUAGCAGUGCUGGUGGUGGUGGUGUCGACCUCAAUAGUGGCACACUGACACCUGAUCCCGCCUCGCAACCAUCAAAUACUGGCACACCCAGCGCAGCAGGCAGUAGUGUCAGCGCUAGCGGCAGCAUCGACAGCACUUCCUUGGAACCAUAUGGCACAUGUUCAACUGUCGAUCCAAUGUCGGGUUUACCACCACCUUCAGUAGCACAACACGCGCUAUCCUCUGCCCCAGUUUGCUGUGAUAAUGGUCGACCCGUUAUGACAGAUCCGAUGACAGGUCAAACGGUUUGUUCGUGCCAAUAUGAUCCAACCCGUUUGGCGUUAAGUAGUUACGCUCGUAUGCAAUCGGCAGCGGCAGUAGCGGCUUCGGCAGGUGUACAAACGACUAGUGUGGGUGUGUACGGUACACCUUAUCCCUCGAAUGAGCAGAAUCCAUAUCCAAGCAUUAGCGUGGACAGUGGACCCUUCUACUCAAGUUUGAGCACGCCUUACACUUUGAAGGAUGGCACAUGCAACGGUAGUGAGGUGACAACUUGGACUUCGACGGGGUUGCCACCUUCAACCGGUUACUACACAUACGAUCCAACAUUCGGUGCGUAUGGUUAUGGCGCCAGUUAUGAUUUAGCGUCGCGGCGGAAGAAUGCAACGCGUGAAUCCACUGCUACAUUGAAGGCCUGGCUUAGCGAGCACAAGAAGAAUCCAUAUCCGACCAAAGGCGAGAAGAUCAUGUUGGCCAUUAUCACCAAAAUGACAUUGACACAGGUGUCCACGUGGUUUGCGAAUGCGCGUCGACGCCUCAAAAAGGACAACAAAAUGACUUGGGAGCCAAAGAAUCGCACCGAAGACGAAGAUGAGGACGCGUUGGCCUCGGACGACGAGAAACCACGACACAGUGAGGAGAUGAGCAUGAAUAGUGUUGGUGUUGGCUGUGCGGAACGCAGGCGACCACUCGGCAUGGAGUACCCUGGCGGCGCCAUAAACGUUACAAUCGGCAACAACACAACAGUUGCGGGAAAUAUUGCCACGGGUGCGGCAGCGGCGGCAACGACGGGAGCAGGUGCCGUAGAUGGUGGCGUGAGUGGCGUGGGUGCAACAAUUGCGGCUGUGACGUCGACGGCGGCGGCGGCAACCAACCAACAUUCCCACAGCGGCGGCACGAGUGUGGGCGCCGUCGGUGCAAUACAACCUACAAAAGAAGCUUUAGAUUUAGUGCAAUUAAAUAGAGGCUCCACACCGCCACCAAUUGAAGUGCAACCAACAUCAACAGUUAACUAUCAGUCUUAUGAAAACCCUGACACAUACAUCACGAAUAGCUAUAAUUAUGCUAAACAAGAGCUGCUUUACAAUCCACAUGGAAGACCACGCAUAUGGAGCUUGGCCAACACGGCUGCCGACGAUUCUGCUCCACUCCAGCUCAACACGCUUACCAACAUGAAUUCCAUGCAACGCGAAUGGACCGCCAAUUAUAUGCCUUCAACAUAUGCGACUACAGCAACAAAGAAUCAAACCGCCGUAGUCGCAACGAUUUCCAUGCAACCCACUUCUCCACCCGCACUCUCCAACGGACCACAGCGGUACGGUGGACAAUCCGUUGCAGUGACGCCACCGCAAACACCACCAAAUGCAUUGCACACAUUUGCUGGAGCUUUUAAUCACGGCGGCGGUAUGCAUACGGCUAGCCGGGAUAUGAUCGCCUACAAUGCUGCAAGAAGUGAAGAGCUCCGCACUGCUGACGGUCUCUAUUGUAAGGGUCAGAAUUGUGCGUGAUUGUGCGCCGAGUGUGGGGGAUAGGAGUUAAAGGACCUGCAGCUCAUGGAUCUCUAUCAACAUCCUCAACAGUAUUCGCGAAAUCUCUUCUAUGGCAAUAAUAACAAUGACAGCAGUCAUAGUUUGCAUGCGCAUUUUCCACAACUACAACAACAACAAUUACAACAACAUUCGCAACAUCUACAGCAACGUUCGGCGCUAUCGGCACUAUCGCAACAUGUUGCGGAGAGCGCCAUUUGGCAACAACAUCACUCGCAUUCACAUCCAACGCAUUUGCAGCAGUAAUAAAUGUUGCUUAGCGUGUGCCUGUGCAUGUGUGUGUACAUAUAGAUAAAUCAUAAUUAAAUUACAGUGGGCAAUCGUGCAAAUAAACCAAAUACUUAAAUUUUUAUAAAACAAAAUUAUAGCAAAGAUUAUUAAAUUCUAAAAUAAUUUAUAUAAAUUAUAAAUUUUAAAAACUUUCAUAAAAAACAUGAAGUGAAACAUGGUUUUCUUCACAGUUUCAUAAAAAAUGUUGUGCAGACUAUAUUGUUAUUCCUAAAAUCCUAGAAUAAUAACUAAGCAUUCAGAGUGCAGUACUAGAAAUAUGUAUGAAAAUAAAUUGUAAAAAUUUAAAUUUAGCUUUUUAGUAUAGCAAAUACAUCUAAGCCUCACUUAUACUUAUUUAUAUAACUGUAAAUGCGUAAUUGUUUAUAAACUAUGUUUUCAAUUGUAGUAUCUGUUAUAUUUAUAUAUUUUACUGUGUUUAUGUUUAGAUGCAACAAAAGUAUUCGUUAGAACAUGUUUAACCUGGAUAACCGUAAAAUUAAAUAAAUAAUGAUUUUAGUGCAACUAAGAGACAAAAAAAUAUAAUAAAAAGUUAAUAUACAUAUUUCCAAUACUAUUUAUACCAUGAUUUACUAGUAAAUAGUUUUUCAC